UGACAACAUGAAGGGACUUUCUGGUCCGCUGGGCUGCAGGGGGAGGGGGUUCGCAAGCCACGCAGCCCGCAGCAGAGCGGGGCGGGGCGGCUCUGGGCGCCCAGCGUCUCCAGGGGUUGCUACAACAGACCCCGCUAGCCAAGCUGGAGCGCCAGGGCAGGGGGGGCGGCGGCAGGAGGGGAGGCAGGGACCCCUCGGCCGGCAAGAGGAGCCCUCCCCCACCCUGCCAGGACCCCGGCCGCACCGCCCCCAGGAGCCCCGGUUGCAGGCUGCCGCACGGGGCGGGGCCGCGGCGCUCCUUUCCCGACACCUGAGCCGUGGCGGCCGCGGCUGUGGCUCCCGCGCUCCGGUCCCCGAGGCCGAGCCAGGUGAGCGCGGACGCCGGCCACAGGCGAAGGCUCGGGUCCGCCCCCAACGCACGAGCCACGGUGCGAGCAGAGACCUGGCCACCAUGCCACGUAGCCCUACAUCCAGUGAGGACGAGAUGGCCCAGAGCUUCUCUGACUACUCUAUGGGCUCCGAGUCUGACAGUUCCAAGGAAGAGACCAUCUACGACACCAUCCGGGCCACGGCAGAGAAACCAGGUGGUGUGAGGAUGGAGGAGAGCCAGGGUGACACGCUGGUGAUCCGGGUGGUCAUCCAGGACCUGCAGCAGACGAAAUGCAUCCGCUUCAACCCGGAUGCCACAGUGUGGGUGGCGAAGCAGCGAAUCCUGUGCACACUGAAUCAGGGUUUGAAGGAUGUUCUGAACUACGGGCUGUUCCAGCCAGCCAGCAAUGGGCGUGAUGGCAAGUUCCUGGAUGAGGAGCGGCUGCUGCGCGAGUACCCCCAGCCCACGGGGCCGGGCGUCCCGUCCCUGGAGUUUCGAUACAAGAAGCGGGUGUAUAAACAGUCCAAUCUAGAUGAGAAGCAGCUGGCCAAGCUCCACACAAAGACCAACCUGAAGAAGUUCAUGGAUCAUACUCAGCAUCGGUCUGUGGAAAAGCUGGUUAAGCUGCUGGACCGAGGCCUGGACCCCAAUUUCCAUGACCUGGAGACUGGAGAGACUCCUCUGACCCUGGCCGCCCAGCUGGAUGAUUCCAUGGAGGUCAUCAAAGCCCUCCGAAAUGGUGGGGCUCACCUGGACUUCCGUGCCAAGGAUGGGAUGACUGCCCUGCACAAAGCCGCCCGAGCCAGGAACCAGAUUGCCCUGAAGACCCUGUUAGAGCUUGGUGCCUCUCCGGAUUACAAGGAUAGCUACGGUCUCACGCCGCUGUAUCACACAGCCAUUGUGGGGGGCGACCCCUACUGCUGCGAGCUGCUGCUACAUGAGCAUGCCACUGUGUGCUGCAAGGACGAGAACGGCUGGCAUGAGAUCCACCAGGCCUGCAGGUACGGACACGUGCAGCACCUAGAGCACCUCCUCUUCUACGGCGCAGACAUGGGCGCCCAGAAUGCCUCGGGGAACACGGCCCUGCACAUCUGUGCCCUCUACAACCAGGACAGCUGUGCAAGAGUGUUGCUGUUUCGAGGCGGAAAUAAGGAAUUGAAAAACUACAACAGCCAGACCCCCUUUCAGCUCUCCAGCGGCAUGGAAGUGAGUGCACAUCUUAACUGCAUUGACUUGUGCUGCUGUCAUCAUGGGUGUGCAAGUGUCUCUUCGGUGGCGAUCAUAGCAGGCAACUUCGAGCUGGCAGAGUACAUCAAAAACCACAAGGAGACAGACAUUGUGCCCUUCCGAGAGGCUCCGGCCUACUCCAACCGCAGGCGGCGGCCCCCAAACACACUGGCCGCACCCCGGGUCCUGCUGCGCUCCAACAGUGACAACAACCUCCACGCCGGUGCACCUGAAUGGGCCGUCUGCUCCGCGGCCACCGCCCAUCGCAGCCUCUCGCCGCAGCUGCUGCAGCAGGUGCCCAGCAAACCUGAUGGCACCGUGAAGAGCAUCCCAAGCUAUGUCCCGGGGCCCCGCAGCCGCUCGCCAUCCCUCAACAGGCUUGGCGGUACAGGCGAGGAUGGCAAGAGGCCCCAGCCACACUGGCAUGUGGGGCCACCUCUUACUCCUGGUGCCAACAAGGGCUCCCUCUCGGCCUUCGAGUACCCGGGGCCCAAGCGGAAGCUCUACAGCGCCGUGCCUGGGAGACUGUUCGUCGUUGUCAAGCCAUACCAACCCCAAGUUGAUGGCGAGAUCCCCCUUCACCGUGGUGACAGAGUCAAAGUUCUGAGCAUCGGUGAAGGGGGCUUCUGGGAAGGCAGCGCCCGCGGCCACAUUGGGUGGUUUCCAGCUGAUUGUGUUGAAGAGGUGCAGUGUAAGCCCAAGGACGGCCAGGCAGAAACCCGCGCAGACCGCAGCAAGAAGCUCUUCAGACACUAUACUGUGGGCUCCUACGACAGCCUCGAUGCAUCCGGUGACUGCAUCAUCGAGGAGAAGACAGUGGUCCUACAGAAGAAGGACAAUGAGGGCUUCGGGUUUGUGCUCCGAGGGGCAAAAGCUGACACCCCCAUUGAAGAAUUCACUCCAACGCCGGCAUUCCCAGCCCUACAGUACCUGGAAUCUGUGGAUGAAGGCGGGGUGGCAUGGCAAGCUGGACUGAGGACCGGGGACUUCUUGAUUGAGGUUAACAAUGAGAAUGUUGUCAAAGUCGGCCACAGGCAGGUGGUAAACAUGAUCCGCCAGGGAGGGAAUCACCUCAUCCUUAAGGUCGUCACGGUGACCAGGAAUUUGGACCCUGAUGACACCGCGAGGAAGAAAGCUCCCCCACCUCCGAAGCGAGCACCAACCACAGCCCUCACCCUGCGCUCCAAGUCCAUGACCGCAGAGCUAGAGGAGCUCGGCCUCUCACUAGUGGACAAAGCUGCAGUCCGGAAGAAGAAGGAUAAACCAGAAGAGAUAGUUCCGGCCCCAAAACCUUCCCGGACUGCUGAGAAUGUGGCCGUGGAGUCGAGAGUGGCAACCAUCAAGCAGCGGCCUACGAGCAGGUGUUUUCCAGCGGUCUCAGAUAUGAAUUCCGUGUAUGAACGCCAAGGGAUUGCUGUGAUGACACCCACUGUUCCUGGGAGCCCAAAAGGCCCAUUUCUGGGCCUCCCUCGAGGUACGAUGCGAAGGCAGAAAUCGAUAGACAGCAGAAUCUUUCUAUCAGGAAUAACAGAGGAAGAACGACAAUUUCUGGCCCCUCCGAUGCUGAAAUUCACCAGAAGCCUGUCCAUGCCAGACACCUCUGAGGAUAUUCCCCCUCCACCACAGUCUGUGCCCCCGUCUCCACCACCACCUUCCCCCACCACCUACAACUGCCCCAAGUCCCCGACUCCAAGAGUCUAUGGGACGAUUAAGCCCGCAUUCAAUCCAAAUUCUGCUGCCAAGGUGUCUCCUGCCACUAGAUCUGACACAGUGGCCACCAUGAUGAGGGAAAAGGGGAUGUUCUAUAGGAGAGAGCUAGAUCGCUACUCCCUGGACUCUGAAGACCUCUACAGUCGGAAUGCCCCUCCCCAGGCAACCUUCCGCACGAAACGGGGCCAGAUGCCAGAGAACCCAUACUCAGAGGUAGGGAAGAUCGCAAGCAAAGCUGUCUAUGUGCCUGCCAAGCCUGCCAGGCGGAAGGGCAUGCUGGUGAAGCAGUCCAAUGUGGAGGACAGCCCCGAGAAGACCUGCUCCAUCCCUAUCCCCACCAUCAUUGUCAAGGAGCCUUCCACCAGCAGCAGUGGCAAGAGCAGCCAGGGCAGCAGCAUGGAAAUUGAUCCCCAGGUCACAGAGCCACCAGGCCAGCUACGGCCUGAUGACAGCUUGACCGUCAGCAGCCCCUUCGCGGCUGCCAUUGCCGGGGCUGUCCGUGACCGGGAGAAGCGGUUAGAAGCCAGAAGGAACUCCCCAGCCUUCCUCUCCACUGACCUAGGGGAUGAGGAUGUGGGUCUGGGCCCGCCCAUCCCCCGGGUGCGGCCCUCCAAGUUCCCUGAGGAGGGUGGGUUUGGCGAUGAGGAUGGUUCCGAGCAACUGGUUUCACCCACACCAGGAGCAUCACCACGGGAGCCCGAAAACCACUUUAUGGGCAGUGGUGAGGCUGGUGCUCAAGCAGAGGCUGGGAGGCCCCUCAAUUCUGCAUCCAAAGCCAAGGGGCCUGAAGGCAGCACAGCAGCACCCCCCAAAAGCAGCAGCACAGCCAGCCCUGAGAAUUAUGUCCAUCCACUCACUGGACGGCUGCUUGAUCCCAGCUCUCCGCUGGCCCUGGCACUGUCUGCAAGGGACCGAGCCCUGAAGGAGUCCCAGCAAGGGCCCAAGGGGGAGGCCCCCAAGGCUGACCUCAACAAACCUCUCUACAUCGAUACCAAAAUGCGGCCCAGUGUAGAAGCUGGUUUCCCUCCAGUCACCAGGCAGAAUACUCGGGGGCCCUUGCGGCGGCAGGAAACAGAAAAUAAGUAUGAGCUGGACCUAAGCAAGGACCGGAGAGGUGAAGACAAAAAGAACAUGCUGAUCAACAUCGUGGACACAGCGCAGCAGAAGACAGCCGGCCUGCUGAUGGUGCAUACUGUGGAUGCCACCAAGACAGGUGGCCCCUUAGAGGAGGAAGAGGAAAGAGAGGAUGUGGACAUAAAGCCAGACAACUUGCCCUCCACAGUGCCAGAAGGCGUUUCUGAAACCGAAGGUGCUUUACAGAUCUCCGCUGCCCCCGAGCCCACCACCACUCCUGGCAGGACCAUUGUGGCGGCAGGCUCCAUGGAAGAGGCAGUGGUUUUGCCAUUCCGCAUCCCUCCUCCCCCUCUGGCAUCCGUGGACUUGGAUGAGGAUUUUAUUUUUACAGAGCCAUUGCCUCCUCCCCUGGAAUUUGCAAAUAGUUUUGAUAUCCCCGAUGACCGUGCUGCUUCUGUCCCUGCUCUCACUGACUUGGCAAAACAGAAGAAAAGUGACACGCCCCCAUCCCCUUCGUGGAAUGCUGGCCAGCCAGCCAGCUCCACAGAUAGCAAGAAGCCAGCCAGCCUCUCAAACUGUCUGCCCACCUCGUUCCUGCCACCCCCUGAGAGCUUUGACGCAGUCACUGACUCUGGGAUCGAGGAGGUGGACAGCCGGAGCAGCAGUGACCACCAUCUCGAGACAACCAGCACCAUCUCCACAGUGUCCAGCAUCUCUACCCUGUCGUCUGAAGGUGGGGAGAGCAUGGACACCUGCACGGUCUAUGCAGACGGGCAGGCGUUUGUGGUUGACAAGCCCCCCGUACCUCCAAAGCCAAAAAUGAAGCCCAUAAUUCAUAAAAGCAACGCACUUUACCAAGAUGCGCUCCUGGAAGAGGAUGUAGACAGCUUUGUCAUUCCCCCCCCUGCACCCCCACCCCCACCAGGCAGUACCCAGCCCGGGAUGGCAAAGGUCAUCCAGCCAAGGACCUCAAAGUUGUGGGGUGACGUCACAGAGGUCAAAAGCCCGAUUCUCUCAGGCCCAAAAGCAAAUGUCAUUAGUGAAUUGAACUCAAUCCUACAACAAAUGAACCGAGAGAAAUCGGCAAAGCCAGGGGAAGGACUGGAUUCACCGGCAGGAGCCAAGUCUGCCAGCCUCCCUCCCAGAAGCCUGGAGGUCAUGAGCACCGUCUCAGGUACACGGAGCACGACGGUCACAUUCACUGUCCGCCCUGGCACAUCCCAGCCCAUCACCCUGCAGAGCCGGCCCCCUGACUAUGAAAGUAGGACCUCAGGAACAAGACGUGCCCCAAGCCCUGUGGUCUCACCAACAGAGAUGAACAAAGAGAUCCUGCCCACCCCUCUGUCUGCUGCUGCUGCAUCUCCUUCUCCCACACUCUCAGAUGUCUUUAGCCUUCCAAGCCAGUCCCCUGCUGGGGACCUAUUUGGCUUGAACCCAGCAGGUCGCAGCAGGUCGCCAUCUCCCUCAAUACUGCAACAGCCAAUCUCAAAUAAGCCUUUUACAACUAAACCUGUCCACCUAUGGACUAAACCAGAUGUGGCAGAUUGGCUGGAAAGUCUGAACUUGGGUGAACACAAAGAGACCUUCAUGGACAAUGAGAUCGAUGGCAGUCACUUACCAAACCUUCAGAAGGAAGACCUGAUAGAUCUGGGGGUGACUCGAGUUGGGCACAGAAUGAACAUAGAAAGGGCUUUGAAACAGCUCCUAGACAGAUAAGGACGGCUGCUCCUUCCCUUUAUAGACUUCUUGUUAUAAGUAGAGAUGGGCUUAUGCUGAAAUAUCUGUUGGCCGAGCAGAGGAAAAAGUCUGUGAGCACCAACCCCGCUCCUCGGGUUUGUCUCCAUGUACCCAAAGAAAUACUGAAAGCAUCCACAGUGUGGCUGAGCCAAUGCCUUAGAACCCCAGCUUUCUACAGGGGUUUCUUGGGUGGCUUCUGUCCAACAGGGAAUGGGGAGGGGGAUUUUCUAACAUGGAUACAGAUUCCCAGCAUGCAGGUGACCUCGCUUUGCUGGGCCCAAGAGGCUCCCAUCAAUUUCACAGGGGAUCCUUGCUCUUGUAGGCAGACAUCAAUGUACUCCAGAUACCUCCUGAGACCUCCCUGCUCUGCUUUCUGGGCAGCUCUCACCAUGCAGGUCCCAACACAAGCCUUUCCUCCAUCCUGUGGCCUCUUGGAAGAUGUUCAGUGCCCAUUUGCUCCUAUCUUUUCCCUGUACUUGCUUACAGUGAGAUGCUCCCAGACAGGCUUAUCCAGUGCCCUUCCUGGGCCUGAAAGGUAGAGAAUGGUUUUUGCUGGCUGGAUCACUUAUCCCAUCUCCUCCUGUGUUGUGCACCCAUGGUUCUUAUCCAUGAAGUUCUUGGCAGCGGUGGGUGUUUGAAAUGGGAUCAUGCCCAGCUUUGCUUAGCUUUCUUUCUUUCUUUCUGCAAAUAUAUUAGCAUAAUUCCAAGGUGGCCAAACAAAUUGUCACAUGGAGUUAGUCAAAGCACAAGGUCAUGAUCCCAAGGAGGGGAGCCCUGCCAUGGGAACCAGCCAUUGUGUAGCUUCGUAGGCCCGGGGCCUCUUCUAAGACAAGAGCAGCUACUGCCAGAAGCAUCUACCCAGGAUGGAGAGGGGUCCUCUGCCUCUCAGGAUUCUUUUUAAGUAAAAGCCUUUGAGCUCUGCAGAGAUCAGAGCAGGUGAGCAUCCACUCCAACAUAAAGGACAAGAAGAAAAUGUGGUCAUGGUGAGCAUAUGCUGCCACAGGUGGACUGAUGUUUUCACCAGGAGUUGGUGGGGCUCUGUGACCUCAGUCUGAACCCAGCUGAGGGUAAGCAUCUCUGCCAAAAUGGCCCUUUUGCUCACCAGAGAAGGUGGUACUUAGGGGUUUCUCCCCCUUCUUUCCGGGUAUCCGGGAAUCCCACCAGCUUGUCUUAAAAGUACAACGGGGUCUUAGAGGACCCCAUGGGCAGGGAAUACAGACAGGACCCAGGGUAGAGAACAGAAGGUGGGCUGCAGGAUGCAGGUGACACAUGGAUGAGAACAGAAACAAGGCAGGGAGCAGCUCUGGACAAUGGCCCUGCCUAAGGCCCAGGUUUCUGAGCCUGUAUUGUCCCCAAGUCCCUCCUUCCAGAAACAAUACCUCUGAUGUCCAAGGGAGGUCACCAGUUGCACACAGGCUGCAAAACAUCAAGUCAGGCUUCCCGCACCUUCUCCCAUGUAUGGAGAAAAUGCAAAUGUCAGGUGUGUGGUUUCAUUAUGAUUUCAGAACUAGCCCAGCCCAUCUCUAAUUAUAAAACAUUUUUUUCCUUUUUUUCUUUAUGCUCACGACCAUGUGUCUGAUGAGGUCUGAAACAACUCUAGAAUGAACACAUAAAAUUUAGCAAUUUAAAAUCUUUCUUUACUGCAAGUUUAAAUAGGUGUACAGAUAGUUUAUAAGCACAAUAUUUUAAGAAAAAAAAGUGGCUGGUCUACUAGGCAGCCUUUGUGCCACUUCAGUGCUAGAAAGUUACAGAAAAAAAAAAAAACUUUUGUGAUUUAAUGAUACUAUUUCUGUGGAAUAAUUAUACAAGUAUGACCUUUUUAAAUCACCUUAUCUGGAUGCAUCUGAACCAGCAGAGCUGUGUUAUAUUUUCUAUCUUUGCUAGAACUUCUUCAUUGAAAGACAAUUAUUUCUUCAAAAGUUAUUACAUUUCAAAUGCAGCAGUUUCUCCAAAAAUGAAACCAAAACACACAACCCACACACACACACACACAUCCUUGAUUUGGAAAACCAGUCUUUGGACCAUGACUCUUCCAAAACCAUUUGCAGGUCAAUCUUUGUAUCUGAAUGACCCAAUCCAGUGGAAGUAAUUGAAUGUUUAAGUGCUUUACAUCACAUACUUUCUGUUUCCCAUAAUGAGAUAAAUCAGUACUAAUCUAGAAAAAGGUACCACAAGCAGCUGUAUUUCAGAGAAUGUAAAAAUAGUGGUUCUGCCAUUAAUUCGUCUUCCAUUUGGUGAUUUUUGCAAAAUUUCUAAGUAUACCACUUCAUCAGGCUCUUUUCCUUUGCCUACAGUUGGCAUUACCUCUACACACAGUGCCAGGCCGAAUGCUAGACAGGAGACCUGGUGGCUUUGGGUCUACUGACUCAGGCAGCCAGCCAGUGACAGCAGCUACCACCCCUUUCUUAAACUUUAAGCCACACGCCACUAACCAGAAGCAAGUUGACUGAAAGCCUCCAGAGCUGACAGAACCUUUACACUGUUUUGUCACAGAAUAGUCGAAGGAUGUAUCAGAACCUGCACUGACCAACAAAACACAGGUGUUGCUGAAAUGAGUCUACUGUGGCUCUAUCGGAUGGUUUUGCUACAGAGAGCAAUAUUCCCCGUUCAAAUCACCGCCCACUGUUCUCCCUCUGGACAUGUCAGGACCAGGCCCUAUCCCAGCACCCUCUUUAAUGGUGGAACAAAUGUUAAACUGCUCAUAUAAUGAUCUUGUUAAUAUUACUCCAGGUUUUAAGAUCAACUUUUGUUAUAUACUGUAAUUUAAACAAACUGCAUUUACAUGCCUAGUUUCUGUAAUAUUGUGAAUACAAAAUCAAAAUCUCUCAAGAUGUAAAUUAUAUAUAUCUGCCAAGAUACCUUCUCCAGGGCGUCUGUGCACAUUUUAAGUUAAUUCAUAUAAUAUAAAAAUGACUCAAUGUGACUGUUGAUUUGCUGAAUUUUACAUAUCACAAAGUGAAUUAUUUGUGGUACUUUAGUUAAUAAAACAGUAACAUUUUUCUGAGUUAUUGAACAAGCAAACAUUAUCCAGUUGAUCUGGCAAUGACUUUUUUGUGUGUGGGCCACAUACACUGAUUUUUCCCAUUAACAAUUGUUUUUGUUUUUUAAAUACUAAUAUGUUUCACACUAUAGUUUCUGUAACAUGUUCGCAUAUCUAUGUUACUGUUACUUUUGUGCUUUUAUUCUUUUUAGACUUUAUUAAAAAAAACAAGAAAACAAAAAAAGCUCCUGUAAUUUGCACUUUCUCCCAAUCCUUAAAUCUCUUGUAUGGCAACCAAAUUUACUGUAAAAAAAAUAAUAAAUAUACUCUUGCACUAAGGUUGUAGUUCUGAUUGCAAACAGUGAAAACUGUCUGAAUUAAACAACAAAAAGUUGCCAAACUGGUGAUCUAACAUAGGUUGUUUAAAACAUCACAGCCAGCUCUACCUGUAUAAAACUGACAAGAUCAUACCUUUCGUUACGAGUGAAAAUGCUUUCAUAGAGCUCAUUUGCCUUGUUCCAUUUCCUUAAUGUAUUCUCAGUGAACGGAAAUGUGUGUAUUAUUUCAGAACUGUAUAAAAUAUCAAAACUGGCUUCUGUGACUAUUCCUGUGAGCCUGGCGUCAAGGUCUGGCUGUUGCUUCUGUUUUGUGGGGGGAGCAGGGGUGCCCUGGAGAUUGAGCCAGGCCUAGCUCUCCUUCCUGGGAGAAGAAGUGCCCAUAAUACCCCAGUGAGCUGUCUUCUAGCCAUAAGGCCUUGGGAGUUGCAGAGCUGGGCAGCCUCUCUGGUCAAUGUUACCCAAUGUUUUAAUAAGAAAGGAACAUACUAAGGUCUGGAACAAGAAAGAUUUUGUGUACUUUUGGCAAAGAGCUCAAACAGGAACACAUGGAUUGUCUCUUCUGCUUUAGGGAAGUGGCUUUUUGUUUUUCCUUUUGCAAUACUAGAAAGUGCUGAACUACAUCCGCAGCCCCCUUUUUUAUUUUGAGACAAGGUCUUGCUAAAUUACCAAGGCUGGCCUUGAACUUGUGAUCCUUCUGCCUCAGCCUCCCAAGUAAUUGGGAUUACAGGCAUGCAACACCACUCCUAACAAGUGUACUUUACACACUGAAAGUCUCUGGCCUCAUCAGUGAAAAGAAUCUGUAGUUCCUAAAUGGUUUCUUCUGUUUUGGCACAUUCUCCACCUGAACAGCAGCCACUAUGUUUCCAUUCAUCAAGAUGUUUAAUUUUUGUAUCUUUGUACCUUGCCCUGCCACCACUUCACCAUCAAAUAGUUCCUAAUCUUUAGCCACCCCAAACUUCCUUCCAAUGGUUUCUUCUAAACCUUCUUACUGAGUACAGUAUUUGUCUUACUAAAGGGAAACAACUGAUGGAGGGCUUUUUUCUUUUACUUGAACUUUAUUUGAGAUAUUUUAAUAAGCAGUGAAACUGGAAUGUUUCUGUAUCUGUAGAUAUCAUGUGCACACAUGAGUAAAAUGCACAUGGCUGGGUGACCACACAGCUGCAUGCAUAAGGGACUGUCCUUGCUUUGGGGGAUAGGAUUUAUAUAGCCCUGGUUCUCAGACUGCAGCGGAUCUAAUUCCUUCAACUCUUAACCCACACUGUAUCCAUGGCUUUGUUUUUUCAUGAUCCCUGUAACAUGGUUCUACAUCUCAUGAUCUUUACUGUUUUAUGUUUAAAAUUACAAAAAUCACUGUUCAGUGCUUCUACUCUGGAACUCUGUUCAUAGCAAUUCUGGAACUUUACUAUGAGCCUUUCAAAUAAAUACAGAAAAGAAAAAAAGAGGAAGAAAAAAAUCAAA